AGUAUCUGAUUAAUUAACGUGCCUGAUGGUGUAAAAUAUAGGCUUUGUUUCCAUUAAUCAAAGCUUUUAAUGCGCAUGUUUAUGCCACCAACGCACGCUAACCCCCUGAAAAUCUAUCUAGCUAGUAUAUGUACUAAUAAAAUAUGUAAUCUAUCUUACUCUAUAAUUAAUUCAAGAAAAUAUAUAUAAAUACUGAAUGAAACCUUGCAAUGUUACAAACCACAAACCCACAUUACUCAAGAUACAUACAUUUCAGAAAGAUAAAACUCGAUAUAAAACAAAAUUUGAUCAAAUGGGAAAAUUCACAACCUUGAGUGGCAUAUUAAAAGACGAAGCCUCGCAAAUGAAACUCAACGUGGUUCAUUUGUGUAGCUCCGAGAACGCCAAAACCAUUGACUUGGCUCUUUUGAAAGCCACGACUCAUACCUCACACAAACCACCUUCCGACAAAUACGUUAAUCUCCUCCAAUCGACUGUUGACACGCGUUACGGUCCCGAGACCAUCGCUGCGGUGGUGGAGAGGCUGCGUUUGACGACGGACGUGUGCGUGGCUGCUAAAUGUCUCAUUCUUCUCCAUAUGAUGUCUAAAUCAGAAAAUGGAGAUAAAGGAGAAGGUAGUGUUCGUGUGACUAAUCGUAGUUUGAUAUAUAACGAAGGAGGUCGACAUUUAAAAUUGAAUGUUCUGAACGUGGAUUCAUCUCGUUUUACUAGAGAGUUGUAUCCAUGGGUUCAAUGGUACAAACAAUAUCUAGAUUGUCACUUUCACAUUGCGGAGGCUCUAGGUGUUAUUCCAAGCAUAAAAGAAAGUUCAGAAGAUAAGCGUUUGGAGAUUCAACGAGUAUCGUCUUACACAACCGAUUGUAUUUUCAAACAAAUCGGUUUCUUAGUGGCUCUGUUCGAAAACAUUAGUGCCCGGCCAGAAACUACGGCGUCGAAAUCAAACAAGAUCGUUAUUAAGAUGAUAGAACUAAUGGUACAAGACUGCUUCUCGGUCAUGAGAAUGAUCAAGAUAAGGUUUGAAGAACUGAACGUGAGAGAAGCUAGACUUGACGUGAUGGUUCCGGUUUUGGUGAGGCUUGAAAAGUGUAAGGAGGCAUUGAGCGACUUUUCUUGGCAACGUAGAUAUUUGGUUGAAGAUUUUUGGUGUUUGGUUUCGAAGUUAAGACAUGGGUAACGUUAGAAGACAAAAGAAAUGUUGGAUGAAAAACCUAACGUAAUCGGUUACUAAACUCUUAUCUUAUAGUAAUAGCUUGUAAAAUAAAACUACCAGUCUUGUGCAGUAACUCGCUAACUGCUUAGGGCUUCUAUGAUACUUGAACCGGUUCUAGAUAAAUUGUGUAACGACUUAUUGGGUUUUGCUGACAAAAUGUUUACAAAGACAAUACAUAGAUAAGAAAAUUAUGCUGAAAUGUUUCAAGAAAUCUUCAUUCUAUUGUUUUGGACCAUUUGGUAACACGUGCUUGUGCUAUCUGCGCCCGCAAAUUUUGCCAAACUAAGUGCAGCAUUAACCCAACACCCCAUUUAGGGUGCUUAUUUUUUUUUGUUCUUUUUUUUUCUCUGAUUAAAAAAAAAAAAUUUAAAAUCCACUAAUCGUGGACCGCCACGUGUCAGUAGAGCCCGCAAACAGUUGAAAAACCUUCCAAAAUUGCUGCUUAUUUAGGCAGCAUAAGCCACCCAAUUUUCGAAAAUAGUGGGACCCACCCACUAUUUUAUUUUUAUUUUUUAAGCUCUCAUGGUUAAGCUUCAUUGGUUAAUGAUGGCCUAAAACUAGUAAAUGUGGGGCUCUAAGAGCAUCUUUAAUCCAUAAAACCUAUUUGGGUUGCUUAUUUUUUUAUUUUUUAUUUUUUUAUCUGUUAAAAAAAUUAAAAACGAAC